AUGGACUGUGGUGUUCCCUUCUGCCAGUCCGACACCGGUUGUCCCAUCUCGAACAUCAUUCCUAAGUGGAACGAGCUCGUGUUCCGCAACCAGUGGCAAGAUGCUCUCAACCGCCUUCUCAUGACCAACAAUUUCCCCGAGUUCACCGGUCGUGUCUGCCCGGCGCCUUGCGAAGGUGCAUGUGUCCUCGGCAUCAACGAGGAUCCCGUUGGCAUCAAGUCUAUUGAAUGUGCCAUCAUUGACCGCGGUUUUGAUAUGGGCUGGAUGGUACCUCGCCCGCCUCAGGUUCGCACCGGGAAGAAGAUUGCCAUCGUCGGCUCUGGCCCCGCUGGUCUUGCCGCUGCCGACCAGCUCAACAGGGCUGGUCACCUGGUCACCGUCUACGAGCGGGCCGACAGACUUGGUGGUCUGCUGAUGUACGGUAUCCCCAACAUGAAGCUUGACAAGCGCAUCGUCAAGCGAAGGACCGACUUCAUGGCUGCUGAAGGCGUUCAGUUCAAGACCGGCGUCAGCGUUGGCGACGAGCUGACGCUGAAUGAUCUCCGCGCCCAGAACAAUGCCGUUGUCAUUGCCACCGGCGCGACAGUGGGACGAGACCUGCCUAUUGAAGGACGUAACCUCAGCGGCAUCCACUUCGCUAUGGAGUUCUUGCACAAGAACACAAAGUCGCUGCUCGACUCCGAGCUAGCUGACGGUGGUUACAUCUCGGCCAAGGGCAAGCACGUUGUCGUCAUUGGCGGUGGUGAUACAGGCAACGACUGUAUCGGCACCUCUGUCCGUCACGGCGCCAAGUCCGUCGUCAACUUUGAGCUCCUGCCCCAGCCAGCCGAAACCCGUGCGCGUGACAACCCUUGGCCACAGUGGCCUCGCAUUUACCGCGUCGACUACGGUCAUAGUGAGGUGCGACAGCACACCGGCAAGGACCCUCGUGAGUACUGCAUUAAGUCUUCCAAGUUUGUCAGCGAUGGCAACGGGAACGUCAAGGGUAUCGAGACGGUGCGUGUCGAUUGGAGCAAGGACGACGCCGGAAAGUGGGUCCUCAAGGACGUCGAGGGCAGCGAGGAGUUCUUCCCUGCCGACCUUGUGCUCCUGGCCAUGGGCUUCCUGGGCCCCGAGCAACGUGCGAUUGGCGAUGAGGUCGAGAAGGACGGCCGGACCAACGUCAAGACGCCGGCGGGCAAGUACUCGACAAACAUCGAUGGUGUGUUUGCUGCAGGCGAUUGCCGACGUGGCCAGUCCCUCAUUGUCUGGGGCAUCAACGAGGGUCGCCAGGCAGCGCGCGAGGUCGAUCUGUACCUGGAGCACUCCACCAACCUCCCGGUCACCGGUGGUAUAACGAAGCACUCAGCACACGAGAUACUCAACACGGUCAAGGCCUCUCCCGCCGUCGCCGCCUAG